AUGGCUGCUAUUGUGAAAUUUCUGAAGGAACUGCAGAGUGAGAUCACCUGUAGCAUCUGCAGGGGCUACUUUUGUGAGCCUGUCACCAUCAGGUGCGGGCACAGUUUUUGUCGAGCUUGUCUCUCCUCCAGCUGGAGAGUUGGAGCCCCAGCUUUAUCCUGCCCUGAAUGUAGGCAAGAUUACCAGGACAGGGAGAUCCCGUUAGUGAACAGGUGCCUAGCAGAGUUGACUGAGCUGGGCAAAGAGCUCAGCUCCAAGAUUUUGCAGAGCACUGAAGGACAGAGUCAGUGUGUCACUCACAAGAAACUCUUCAAGCUAUUCUGUGAGGAGGAUCAGACAGCACUGUGUGUGACAUGUUGUGAAACCCCAGAGCAUAAGUCUCACAAGAUCUCUCCCGUACAAGAGGCUGCUCACAAAUACAAGAAGGAGCUCGAGCACAUUCAGAGUUGUUUGGGGAAACAUCUGGAGGAAGAUGAAAAACUUCUUGCUCAGGAGGAGAGACUUGCUGUUCACUGGUCCUUGAUAUUCACGGGAGAAUUCCACAAUAUGCACCACUUGCUGAUGGAAGAAGAGAACUUAUGUCUUGAAAGGAUAAGACAAAAACAGAAGGCCAGCCAGGACAGACUAUCCCAGCACAUGCAAAGCCUGCAGGACCUCAUGCAAGAGCUGCAGGAAACAAGCCACCAAGCCGAUCUGGAUCUGCUGCCGGAUGCCAAGCAGCUGCUGGGGAGGAGCAAGGCUGUGUUGGCCCAAAGGGCCAAGGCUGUCACCCCAGAACUGAGAGAACAUCCCAUCCCUGGCCUGAUUGAGAUGCUCAACAGAUUCAGAGUGGACCUCACUUUGGAUCCUAGAUCAACUGAUUCCUAUGUUUCUGUUUCUUGGGAUCUCAAGAGUGCCAAGGCUGAAGAGGACUGGCAGGUGAACACUGAGGACUCUUGCCAUCCUGUGAUUGCUAGGGAAGCCUUCAGCUCAGGCAGGAAGUACUGGGAGGUGGAUGUGACUCAAGUACCUCAGUGGCUGCUGGGGAUCUACACUCCCUUCUUGAGGAGGAAAAGGGCCAGGAACAUGAAGUGUAGCUUUGUUUUCUUGCUUCACUGUGUCAAGAAGGAAGGAGGUUACUAUUUACAGACCUGUCCUGGGCCACUGAACCAUCGAAUGAAAGGCCCUCUACCUCGGGUUGGGGUGUACUUGGAAUAUUCCUCAGGCACUCUGGCCUUUUACAAUGUUCUCCGGAGUUCUCUUAUUUAUAAAUUCCAUUCUAUCCCCUUCACAGUCUCUGUCAAGCCCAUCUUUUGUCCUGGCCCCCCACUUCCAGGAAUAAAUCCUGGCCCCAUGACUCUCUGUCCAGUGGACUCUCAUCUGUGUGCUUGCUGCUAUUCCUCUCAAUGA